UCCGGGAAGGUCUGAGCCACUGCCAGGUGCAGAAGGACGUGUGGCCCCAGCCACCGCGGGCACUGAUGGAGUCGCCUAACCUCUAUCCGGUGAAGCUCUACGUGUAUGACCUGUCCAAGGGCCUGGCCCGCCGGCUCAGCCCCAUCAUGCUGGGGAAACAGCUGGAAGGCAUCUGGCAUACCUCCAUAGUUGUGCACAAAGACGAGUUCUUCUUCUGCAGUGCCGGCAUCUCCAGCUGUCCCCCGGGAGGAACAAUGCUUGGGCCCCCCGACUGUGUGGUUGAUGUGGGGAGCACAGAAGUCACAGAAGAAAUCUUCAUGGAGUACCUGUCUUCCCUGAGGGAGUCUCUCUUCCGAAGUGAAGCCUACAACCUCUUUGAACACAACUGUAACACCUUCACCAACGAAGUGGCCCAGUUUUUGACCGGACGCAAGAUCCCUUCUUACAUCACCGACCUUCCCUCUGAAUUUCUCUCCACGCCCUUUGGACAGGCCCUGCGGCCCUUCCUGGACUCCGUCCAGAUCCAGCCUUCCGGAGGGAACCCCAUCGGCAGACCCAGCGGCCAGAGCUAACAGCACAACGUGGGAGUGCCCUGCCUCACGGGGCUUUUCCUUUUUAAACAAAACAAACCCUACCAGAUUUCUAUUUUAUAAUUUUACAUCAGAGCUAACAACCAGGGGACGGCUUUUUACAUAUCCCAGGGAAGGGGCCUGUCAGGCUGCGUAGGACCGUGCU